CUUGACAUUGGCAAGAGUUUGUAUAAAGGUCCCUUAAAGUACCAUUACUUUAAAUGUAAAAAUACAUAAUUUUGUUUCUCAUUCUUUCGACUAAAAUGACAGUCUACUUGUUUCUAUUGGUGCUAUCGCCAGCUAUGGCUUACGUCGUUUUCGAUGAAAACAAACGACAAGACCUAAUGCAAUACCAGAGAGCUGGUCAGAGGUAUUGGAGCCAGUCAAAUGACAAGUCACAGGACUUAAUACCUUAUUCACAAGUUGGCCAGAGUCACUGGAGCUGGUUGGAUGACAAACGACAGGACAUAAUCCCUUACCCACGAGUUGGCCGAAGUUAUUGGAACUGGACAGAGGACAAACAACCGAACGUAUACCCUUAUCCAAGAGUUGGCCUGAGCCAAUGGAACUGGUUAGAGGACAAAGGACAGGACUUAAUCCCUUAUCCACGAAUUGACCGGAGUUACUGGCGCUGGAUAAAUAAUAAACGGCAGGAUCUAAUCCCUUAUCCUCGAGUUGGUCGGAAUUACUGGAGCUGCAUAAAGGAUAAACGACAGGACUUAAUUCCUUAUCCGCGAUUUGGCCGGAGUUACUGGAGUUUGCUAGAGGACAAAGGACAAGACCGUAUCCUUUAUCCGCGAUUUGACAGGAUACAGGACAAACGACAAGAUAUAAUUCCUUACCCGCGAGUUGGCCGGAGUUACUGGAGCUGGAUAAAGGAUAAACAACAGGACACAAUCCCUUAUCCUCGAGUUGGCCGGAGUUACCGGAAUUGGUUAGAGAGCAAAGGACAAGAUGUUGUCCCUUAUCCGCGAGUUGACAGGAAACAGGACAAACGACAAGAUUUAAUCCCUUAUCCGCGAGUUGGCCGGAUUUACUGGAACUGGUUAGAGGACAAAGGACAAGACUUUAUCCGUUACCCACGAGUUGACAGGAUACAGGACAAACGACAAGAUAUAAUUCCUUACCCGCGAGUUGGCCGAAGUUACUGGAGCUGGAUAAAGGUUAAACGCCAGGAUCUAAUCCCUUAUCCACGAGCUGGUCGGAGUUACUAGAGCUUGAAAAAGAACAAACAUCAAGAUGGAGUUCCUUUUCUUAAGUUGGUCGAACUGUGAAGAAACGUCAAGAAAAAUUCACAUUUAACUGUCUUUACAUACUAUUAUAAAUGACAUUUAUAAAGACUAUGGUAUUGAUGCAAAUUCAUAUUUUGCGUCUUCUAUCAGGCAACUUUCACUAUAUUAAAUCACAAGAAUAGACUGUAAAGAAAGAUCUAAUUACAAUAAAGAAUUCGAAGCUUAGGACCAGAAGUUUAAUUUUUACAAAGUUGGUUCACGAAGAAAAAUAAGGCAGGUAUUUUCUGUCCUUCUAUUUGACAGAGUGGAUACCAUCACCUGUGAAUGUUUUAGUUAAUCCACCUGCUCUUUAAACAGGGAUAAGACAUAUAAUCUGUAUCAACACACAGCUCUUUUCGACUAACACUUGCUCCGAGCACUAACUUAUUAUACAUUUAACAAAUAGGAAUCAUGAAACAAAUUGAAAUUUAAAUAUUUAAAAAAUAAUCAAACGUGAAGGUUUAUUUAUUUCCAUGAAAAGUAUUAUAUUAGUCAAUAAAUAUUUCGCAAGGGAA